AUGGUCAUUGUCUUCUUUAUUGUUGUCUUCAAAACAUUUUCAGGGGCUAAUUCUCUUCCACAUCUCUGCAUCUACCUGGCUACUAUUGAUUUUACUCUUAUACGGGAUCUCGAUGUCUUGAAGGACAACUUCACAAUGAAGCUUCGUGUUAUCAGACUAUGGACACUUGACAAUUACUACAACAAAAAUGAACUUUUCUCUAUUGAACUUAUUCUAAUGGAUGAAGAGGGUAACAAAAUCCAAGGUUAUGUCCCUAAAGCUUACAUUUACAAGUUCAAAAAACUUCUAAAAGAAGGUGAAUCUUUUAUCAUCAAAUCUCCAAAUUUAGCAAAGACGCAGGAAAGAAGCUUUCAACUUACCAAUCAACUACAAAAGCUUGCUUUGAAUCUGGACAGUAUUGUUACUCCGUGUGACAAUUUUUCGGGAUCAGUAAAUGGCUUUGAUUUUGUUGAAUAUCGGGCGAUUAUCGAUGGCACUGUUCCAGAUAAUAUGUCAUUGGAUGUUAUCGGAUUGGUAGUAGUAGUUGGUGAAAUGGAUGCUCGAAAUGCAGAUCGAAAAAGGCAUAGGAUCAGAAUACAAAUCCAAGAUGCCAAUGGUUUGCAAUUGGAUGUUAACCUAUGGGGCGAUUAUGGUUACACAUUCUUACAUUAUAUCCAAAAGAAUCCAAACAAUGUCCGCAUCGUCAUAAUCCUUCAAUUUGCAAAGAUUAGUGUUUGGCAAGAUCGCCGAUCCGUCAAUACGUACUAUGAUGUAUCGAAGUUCAUCAUCAAUAGUGACAUUGAUGACAUAAAUGUUUUCAAAAAAAGGAAUAAAACUUUGGAUCAAGACGGUCCCCAUGAAAACUCAAAGAGUACGUUCACCUAUAUGAAAUCUAAUCGAAGUUCUGAAAAUGAUGAUUUCCUGCUUAAUAAUGAUUUGAAAACAAUUGCUGACAUUUUCGAGCCAGUUGAGGGAUGUAAUUCACAAUCGUUUGAUGUUGGUACCACUGAUUAUGAAUCUCAAGAUAACAAGAGUAUAAAGGAUGUCAUAUCUCAGACUGAUGAUAAUGUUACACCGACCAAUGUUUUCAAAUCGAUAGCCACAAGUCCAAAAAAGAAUUUUGACACAUCAACGGGUUUGAAGCGAGCUCUUGAGGACGUAUUUGUUUUGGAUAUGAAUGACAAGAUGUCGUCAUCAAAGGCUACAAAAGUUGGAGUGGAAGAUGGACAGGUGAAAUUUUUGAAGGUGAAGUUGGAAAAGUGA